CCAAGACAUCAGCAUCAGUACCUGGUGCAAAAGAGAAGACAGCAAAGCAUUCUCCUGUGGAAGCUACAGCUGUGACUAAUGAGCGCUUUUUGUCAAAGUACUGUGACAGAAUGGUGACGGUUGGGAGAAAGGUGCUGUUUCUGAUCUUUUUCACAGAAUCAUACAGUUGGAAAAGACCACAAGGGCCAUCCAGUCAAAGCCCCUGCUGUGCAUGAAUACACCGUCAUGCCGGAUGGGAAAAUGGUGAUGGCAGCUCUUUGGCACUUCACCGCAAAGGAACUCUAAGAAGACUCAGGCUUUGAAGAAUCUGAAUAAGACAUUUAUAAUAAUGAGGAUGCUGCAGAAGACAUGAAAUAUUUGUACUGCUUCUGAAGAAAGCAAUACAAAAGGAAAUUUUGUAAUGUGAAACGUUCUUGAGAUGUUUCCUAGUAUUGCUUUGUGGCUACCAUGGAUAUUCUGCUGCCUAAAGGACUAAUGUUGGUGUUGGCUGUUUGUUUCAUUGGGCUUUUCCACUGUCAUCAUCGAGGGCUCUUUUUGACAGGAAAAGCAUCAGAUUACAAGAAACCCAAUUUCAUAAUAAUUUUAGCUGAUGAUAUUGGAUGGGGAGAUCUUGGGGCCAACUGGGGUCUCAGAAAAGACACUCCUAACCUAGAUAAGAUGGCAUCGGAAGGAAUGAGAUUUGCAGAUUUUCACUCAGCAGCAUCCACCUGCUCCCCAUCACGAGCCUCUCUGCUUACAGGACGCCUUGGCCUUCGCAAUGGAGUGACCCACAAUUUUGCUGUGACAUCAGUGGGUGGCCUUCCAUUGAAUGAGACAACUUUAGCAGAAGUUAUGAAGGAAGCUGGCUACCUCACUGCCAUAAUAGGCAAAUGGCACUUGGGACAUAAUGGCCCUUAUCAUCCAAACUUCCGUGGCUUCGAUUAUUACUUCGGGAUACCCUAUAGCCAUGAUAUGGGCUGCACUGACACCCCAGGCUAUAACUUACCUCCUUGUCCAGCUUGCCCAUGGCACUCUACAAGAGGAAGCAAACAGCAGAAAGACUGUUAUCCUGAGAUUGCACUUCCACUUUUUGAAAAUCUCAUAAUUGUUGAACAGCCUGUGAACCUCAACAGCCUGGCUGCAAAGUAUACGGAGAAAGCAAUUCAGUUCAUUGAUCAUGCAAGCCAGAGUGGGCGACCCUUCUUCUUAUACCUUGCCUUGGCUCAUAUGCACGUGCCUUUGUUUUUGUCUGAACCAUUGUGGAAUUUGUCUUGUCAAGAUCCAUAUGGAGCCAACUUGAGAGAGAUGGAUGACCUGGUGGGGCAAAUAAAGGACAAAGUUGAUAGCACUGCAAAGGAAAGAACGUUCCUCUGGUUUACAGGAGACAAUGGCUCUUGGUCUGAGAAGUGCAAGUAUGCAGGAAGUGUUGGCCCAUACACUGGGAUAUGGCAAAGGAAAAGAGGUGGAAGCUCAGCUAAGCAAACGACUUGGGAAGGGGGACACCGUGUUCCCACACUGGCCUACUGGUUGGGGAAGAUCCCAGCAAACGUGACGAGUCCUGUGCUGUUGAGUUGUCCAGCAUGGAAUGUGAUGGGUUUUUUCAGAAAUCGCAGAUUCUGCAAGAGCAUGAGGAGCAGUUCUUCUUGGCAAUCUACCUCUAAAAAAGGAGGCAAAUAUCUAUGCAAGGCAUGGAACUUGACCACCAGAGGUCCUGGCCAUCUUUCUCCUGGCCUUGUUAAUAUUGUGAGCAUUUUAGACAUAUUCCCUACUUUGGUUGCUAUGGCCAAUGCAAGUCUUCCUCCAAACAGACGUUUUGAUGGUAUGGAUGUGUCUGAUGUCCUUUUUGGGCAGUCAAAAAGAGGACACAAGACAUUGUUCCAUCCCAACAGUGGAGCGGCUGGAAAAUACGGAGAGAUACAGGCUCUUCGACUGGACCAGUACAAGGCAUUUUAUCUCACAGGUGGCGCCAGAGCCUGCGAUGGAAGCAUUGGACAGGAAAUGCAGCACCAGCCCCCUCUCAUUUUUAACUUACACCGAGAUGUCCAGGAGCAGGAACCCCUGGACAGUCACACUGCUGAGUACCAUGCUGUCUUGCCAGAAGUGAACAAAGCUCUUCAAGACCUUCUUCAGGAUAUUGCAAUGGACAACGUAUCUGUAGCAGAUUACUCACAUGAUCCAGCAGUGACACCUUGUUGCAACCCACAGCACUUCAUCUGUAGGUGCCAAUUAGCUUCUUAAAUAUCAUCCCUUGGAAAAAUGCUGAGAUAUAGUAGACUGAUACAAGGAGUUACAAAGCAGGGAAGAUACCAGGAGGCCUAUAAGAUUUAAAGAAAUGGGCAAGGGAAUCUUUAAAGCUGCCUUGAGGGCUGGGGAAAUGUAAAUCUCUAAAUGUGUACCAAUGCUGUUGCUCUAGGGGUGACCAGAGCGCUUCCUUCUCUGGGUACACAAUGGCACCUGGAAAGCGCCCAGGCACAGCUCCCCUCCAAUAGUAAUCAUCUGCAGGCGUGAUGUCUGGGCAUUGUUAUACUCUGGGAGAAAAGUUGCCGUUGCCCACCAGUGCUUCAACUUUUCUGAAAUGAAACUGCACCCCUACAGGAUGUCAGUGGCCAAGAGACAGCUGUGGCCUGAAGCUGUUCGUUCCUGGUAAAUGCACUUCUACAGUAGAGGUUACACCAGCAUAGAAUGUGUCAGUACAAACUAGUAAUUUUUUAUGUGUCUAUUAUAGGCCCAGGCAUCAAAAGAUCAGAUAAAAUCAGCCCACAAGUUCUGAAAACCAAGAGAGUUCUGAUGUUAUAUAUAAAAUGUCCUUAUUUUUCUCCAAUAAAUGUUGACUUUAGUAAA